GUGGGUCUUGAUAUGUCAACGUCCGGGUUCUUUUCAGCAGGAGGAGUCGCCGCAUCAUAAUUUCUGUCACUGUGAAUGGAUCCAUAAAUGUACUUUUGUAUUGAAUUUAAAUUUUAAAAACAACAACCCCUGAGUCGUGACGUCACCUGUCACCUGUCACCUGAGCGGUUGAUGACAGCUCCAGGUGAGGCGUGAGUCCGACGGUGGAGAAGCUAACUGCUAACGUUAGCCCGCAGAGAGUUGGUUCGUGUAUGGGUGACUGAAGAGCAGCCAUGAGUGCGGAGCCGGACGCCCUGGCCGUGGUCAACCAGCUGCGGGACCUGGCCGCCGACCCCAUGAACCGCAGGGCCAUCGUCCAGGACCAGGGCUGCCUGCCAGGACUCAUCCUGUUCCUGGAUAACCCCAACCCUCAGGUCGUGUACUCCGCCCUCCUGGCGAUCCGUUACCUGGCAGAAUGCCGAGCCAACCGGGAGAAGCUGAAGGGGGAGCUGGGGAUGAUGCUGAGCCUCCAGAACGUCGUGCAGAAGUCGACGACUCCCGGGGAGACGAAGCUGCUGGCGUCUGAGAUCUACGAGCUCCUUCAGGCGUCGGGCAGCGCCGACUCUGAGACAGCCGAGGAGACGGUCAGCAGCCGGCGUAAAGCCCAGUUCUUCCUGGGCUCGAGCAACAAGAGGGCCAAGACGGUCGUCCUCCACAUCGACGGGCUGGACGACUCGAGUCGGAGGAGUCUGUGCGAGGAGGCUCUGCUGAAGAUCAGAGGAGUCAUCAGCUUCACCUUCCAGAUGACCGUCAAGAGAUGCAUCGUCCGGAUCCGCUCUGACCUGAAGGCCGAGGCUCUGGCGUCUGCGAUUGCGUCCACUCUGGUGAUGACGGCUCAGCAGGUGGUGAAAGGAGAGAACGGAGACGAGGUUUUGAUCCCGUUUGCGGAGGACGGCUCGAUGGCGGUGGAGCAGAAUGUGAACCUGCCGGACUACCUCCCCGAGGACGAGAGUCCGUCUCAGGAGCCCGACAAGGCGGUGACCCGGGUGGGAUCCGGUCAGGACGGGGCCGGCUGGCUCGGCACCGCCACCAACUUCCUGUCCCGCUCCUUCUACUGGUGACCCUGCAGGCCCCGCCCCCCCUCUGUUACACCUCCCGCCUCCUCUCAGAACCAAAAUCUACCAGCUGCCAAAUGUCACCUGUGUGUGUCGGCGGCAGAGAAAAACACUGAGACAAACUGCAGUCAGAGACGAGCCGGCCCCCCAGGAGGACCGUGGAUUCUGUCUAAAGUCUCCGUGUGAACACGACCCUCCCUCUGUUACCAAAAUGUCUUAAGAGCAGCAACAUGAACAAACCGAGGACCGAGCAGGACCAACCUUCUUCUUUAUUUAUUAUUAACCACCAGACUGAGUGAAGUUCAGUCAGCUGUGCCUUCACCUCCUCGUCAUCUAUCACAUCACUUUAAAUAAAGAUCCAAAACUCAGAUCUCAGCAGAGCGAGGCGUCGAAUAAUAUCAUGUCUGAUUCAAUGCUGGGCAGUAACGCAUUACUAGUAACGCU